AUGCGGCAUCAGCAACUACAGGGAGAAACUCCGUUUUCAUUUCCCGCCUUGGAUGGGGAAACAAGAAUUGAUCUCGGCGCGUACCAAAGACUAAUCGUGACGAAUUUGGACGUCAAUGAGGCAGGCCGGGCUUAUUUUAACUUAGGUCUACGGCUCAUGCUUUCAUACCAGCACGAAAUGGCCUCCAAGUGUUUCCUGGCAUCACUAGAAAACAGCCCAGACUGUGCUUUGGCCCACGGUCUUUUGGCACUAUGUCAUUCGCCGAACUACAACUUUAAGGGUGAAGCCUACUACGAGUCAGCCUGUCACUAUGAAGACACAGACAAGCCUGAUCUGCUCUGCGUCUUUCCUUCUCAGCAAGUCGCCGAUCGACACAGUCGAAUGGCUGUGGAGAAAAUUGAGGAGUUGCGCAAGGCACACCGUAAACGCAAGGGGAAAAAGAAACAGAGGACGGUUCCUUCCAAUAACGGCGAAAAGCUACCUUCUGUAAUAUCGGAUGUAGAAUGUCAGUGGCUUGCGGCGAUUCGUGUAUUGACGAGUUCUCCGGGUGUCGACCCAGACUUGAGCCACGAUAUUGUCGGUCGACCCUACUCCGACGCCAUGCGAAAAGUAUACGAAAAGUUCGACAACGAUCCAGAAAUCGCCUACGGUUUCGCGGAGUCAUUGAUGGUUUUGAAUGCCUGGCAGCUAUACGAGUAUCCAUCCGGCAAGCCGCUCAGCCCGGAUGUAGUGGAAACCCGAGCUGUGCUGGAGCGUUCGCUAAAAAUUCAUCCGCAUCACGCCGGUCUGUGCCACAUGUACGUGCACCUUUCCGAAAUGUCAGCGCAUCCCGAAAAGGCCUUGGCUGCCUGUCAGCCGCUCCGCGGAGAAUUCCCCCAUGCUGGACAUCUGGUGCACAUGGCAACGCACAUCGACGUCUUGCUGGGUGACUACGAGUCCUGUGUGCACUUCAACUGUCAAGCCAUCCGGGCCGAUCGACAUGUCAUGGCGAGUAGUCCGGCAACGGCUGGUAAGGAAAGUUUUUACUUUGGAUACAUUGUACACAAUUAUCACAUGGCCGUAUAUGGGGCCAUUCUCGGAGGGAUGCAAGGGAAAGCUAUGGAAUUGGCGGACGAGUUGAACGAACUUAUCAACGAAGAUAUGUUCCGAGAGUUUCCCGAUUUGACGUCAUAUUUGGAAAGCUAUGCAGCUCUGGAAGUGCACAUUAUGGUUCGUUUUGGGCGCUGGAAGGAGAUCUUGGAGUUAGAAUUGCCGAAGGAUCAGCGCCUGAUGUUGUUUCGGGCCUGUACUCUGCGGUACGCCCGAGGCUUGGCGCUAGCUGCUCUAGGCCGCGUCGAGGAAGCCAACAAGGAGAUGAUGACGUUGGAUGCGUUGCGGGUUGAUCCCGAAGCGACGAUGCGAAUUUUGCACAACAAUACCAUUUUUGAUUUGCUCGCGGUAGAUUCUGUAAUGCUGCACGGGGAAAUUGCCUAUCGAGAAGGACAAUACGAAAAGGCGUUUGCACUGUUGCGGCAGUCCGUACAAAUGCAGGAUGACUUGGUGUUUGACGAACCGUGGGGUAAGAUGCAACCAAUUCGCCAUGCCUUGGGUGGAUUAUUAUUGGAACAGGGACUCUUGGAAGAGGCUAUAGCGGUGUUUCGAAAAGAUUUACAUUUUCAUCCCAAGAAUCCUUGGGCCUUGGUUGGUUUGAUUGAAUGCUUGAAAUGUCAACAGCCAUGUUGCUGCGAAGCGACCGAUCGAAAUGCCGAGAUUGCUAUGCUGCAAUCACAGCUUGCAAUAUGUCGCAGUGGUGAGCUGGCUGAUUUUGAUAUAGAAGUACCGUGCGAGUGCUGUCAACGUUCACCGGGGCAAAAUACAAACGAAACGCAAAUCUUGGAAUAG